AUGCCUCGUAGUCGACUGUCUCAACGGUAUAACGUUGAUUUGUUGCGCGAAAAUGAACAGUUCGAUGCCGAGUUUUGCCGUUUAUUUUGGAAGCCGUUCGCCGAAGCCGAUGCCCAACCCUUGAAGUCAUCGUUGAAACGGAAGCGUGCGCGGAAAAGAUUCGGUACUGCCAGAUGUAGCCGCCAUCGAUGUGCCACAUGCAAGGCCACAUUCCGAUGGCCAGCUGAAUUGAAAUAUCAUAAAGCGUAUCAACACCGUGGCGAACAGCUGAACGUGUGUCCCGUCGCAUCGUGCGGCGUUAACUUUCAGUUUCCCUAUCAACUGACAAACCAUCAGCGUACUGCCGGUCACCAUAACUGGGCAGUGGUUUGCAAGGAGUGCAGCAAACGGUUCGCGCACGGUCGGUUUUUAGCACGCCACACCGUUGCAUCGUGCAAUCGCUACAAGCAGCAAGUCGCGAAUGCGAACGAACAGUAG